AGUACGGCCCGUCGGCCGCCGUCCCCGGAAACGCUUCCUUUCCACGCAGCCGCAGGCCGCAGCUCUCCGGCCUCUCUAGGCCAGCAGGUCCUCCGCUCCAUGGUCCGGCCUGUCAGCGCAGUUUCGGGAAUCCACCGCUGAGGCCCGGCCGCGCUCGGACGCUUCGAUCCUCGAGCCGGCCGCGGGUAGCCCGGCGAGCGCGGGCCGAUGGCGUGGCUGCGCUGACCGGCGCGGGCGGCUGCCGAGCCCCGCGGGCCGGCAUGGCGGGCCAGUUUCGCAGCUACGUGUGGGAUCCAUUGCUGAUCCUGUCCCAGAUCGUGCUCAUGCAGACGGUGUACUAUGGCUCGCUGGGCCUGUGGCUGGCGCUGGUGGACGCGCUGGUGCGCAGCAGCCCUUCCCUGGACCAGAUGUUCGACGCGGAGAUCCUGGGCUUUUCCACCCCUCCAGGCCGGCUCUCCAUGAUGUCCUUCAUCCUCAACGCCCUCACCUGUGCCCUGGGCUUGCUGUACUUCAUCCGGCGAGGGAAGCAGUGUCUGGAUUUCACUGUCACUGUCCAUUUCUUUCACCUCCUGGGCUGUUGGCUCUACAGCUCCCGUUUCCCCUCGGCGCUGACCUGGUGGUUGGUCCAAGCUGUGUGUAUUGCACUCAUGGCCGUCAUCGGGGAGUACCUGUGCAUGCGGACGGAGCUCAAGGAGAUCCCCCUCAGCUCGGCCCCUAAAUCUAAUGUCUAGAGUUGGGCCCUUCGGACACUCUGCUGACAUUUGGCCCCCUGUCACCUUGGGCUGCUCAGACCUCCAGAUGGGGUCCAGCCCGAGUCUGAGAGGAACCCCGGAAAUGUGAAGUCUCUUGGUGAGAGAUAGUGAGGUCUCGUCACAGGUAGCAGACAUGAUCACAGCUGCAAGAAUGGCCUCUGCCUGCUGGAGCCUUGAUAUCUGGAGGCCAGGAAGGGACCUCACUGAGGGAAAUGACAGAUUUGGACCCAUGCCGCUCUUGAGCCAUCACACUGUCACCAGCCUGUUAUUUUAAAAAAGGAAAAAAAAAAAAAAUCAAGGAUAUCUGAUUGGCGCAAACCACUCUUCUGGUCGCCUGUCUUACCCUCUGGGACAGCUGGUACCUUUGCCAUGUUGCCAAACCACAGUGAUUCUGUGUGGAGAAACAUUUGAUUUCUGGGUUCGUAGUCACAGAAAGAGAUGUAGGUGCAAAGUACUAGGCUGCUGACGGAGGACAGCAGAUGAAGCAUCAGCACAAGAGAGAUGCAGAGCCUGUGCCCCGUUAGACACACACACGUGUGUGUCCAGGAACCCGUGACUGACUUCCUGCAGUUCCCUGUGGACUCGACCCUGCUGCUGGCUCUCAACACAGUGGGCUACAGGACCCAGAGAAGAAUCCCAGCAUCCUCCCAUCCCCCAACCUAAGCUUCAUAAUAAAAGCCACUGUCUGCUCUCUAGGAAUGACCAGGCACCAGCUCCCACUGGA